GUUCCUCCGCUCACAGCAAUAUUAAAGCCCUGCGCACAUGCCAGUUAAUGACCGUCGCGGUUACUCUGUUGAAAUGGAGACCGGUUCGGCGCGAUUUCAGCCGGUCCACAGUACGGAGCCAGCCUGCAGACCGAUUAUUCUCGGAACUUUGAUUGUUAUGGGAUUGCUUCAGGUCACCACUAGUGUAGUAGUCUUGUUGCACUUAACAGGUUACCUUAACGAGGUAGGCUAUAUUACUGUCCAACAGAAGCCAUUAAAGGAAGUUGAAACUGCACCAGUUCUUGCCAAUGCACUCAAAGAUCCCCAGAAAAAAGAACGACCAAGAACCACAAAAACCCAGAGAGGACUAACGGCAGCUGCACACCUCCCCAUUAGGGUGCCUAUCGACUAUGUCCAAAAGGGUGAAAUUCUGCCUGCAAUGGUCCAGUGGAAUGAAGCACAAGGGCAUCUAGAAAAAGUUAGUUACCACAAUGGAAGGCUCUUAAUCCAGGAAGGUGGAUUGUACUAUGUCUACACCAAGACAUGCUUCCGUUACUAUGACAUGGAGGCAGCGUCCGUGGGGGAGUUUCUACAGGACGGUAGUACUCAGCUCAUCCAGUAUAUCUACCUAGAGAGGCACACCCAGUUUCCAGCUAAGCCCACGGUGCUCAUGAAGAGCGGUAGCACCAAGCGCUGGAGAAUGGUGGGCUACAACAUGUACUGUGAGCAGCAAGGAGGCCUCGUCGUGCUGAAGCAAGGGGACGGACUCUUUGUCAGCGUGUCCAAUUUAUGGAUGUUGGAUCCGGAGCCAGAGGGGGGCUACUUCGGUGCUUUCAAGAUCAGCAAGUGACGUGGCCUCCUGAUUGGCUGAUGCCGGCUGCUCUUCCUGAGUGCAAUUGGACCGUUUCGAGGUGUUUUGCCGAAUGCGAUCACGAGCCACCUGCUGCGGAGACAUUGGACUUGCUAUUGUUAGAGGAUAGACUGAUUUGCCCAGAAUCUCAGCUGCCUGCUAAAACGCAGCUUCACCAACCUGUCGGCCGUUAGCCCUGCACUUGCAAUAGCUGCUUAGCCCUCCUGCAUUCCACCAUGUCCUCUGCAGUGAUAACAAUGCAGUGCUCUGCAGUGAUAACAAUGCAGUGCUCUCUGCCGGAGGUGCACUUGUCAUUUGACCUAAGCUUUCUAGUGGGUACAAAAAAUUGAUUUUUGCAGAACUAUUUUAUCUUUGAGAACGAUGUGAGGUCGGAAGAUAAGAAACUGAAUCCAAUUCUCUGCUACUGAACUGAAUGUACAGAAUCCUGUCUUAUGAACGAUUUUGGAACAAUCAACAACCACUGAGCACUUCAUUGCAUAUUGAGCACUUACUUGAGUACAUGCUUUUAUUGUAGUAUUUAAAAUAUUUAAAUUAUAUUAUGUGCAUAACUUAAUGAGAAGUAUCCCAAUUCAUUCAUUCUUCUCAUUAACCCCCAGCUGAAUUAGUAACCUUAUGUUUUAUAUAAUUGUAAAAAUCAAUAUUAAAUUAACAGAUCCCAGUAUGGUUUUAUGGUAUCCGAUAGCAGUUCAAACUGUAAUACGUUUGUAAUAAAACAACUCCAACUGCUUCUGUCCAUUGUUUAAUAAUUCCGUAUAUACAAGGCUCUUAAACAAAGACUCUUUUUGUUUUGUUUCAGUCUAAACCAUCAGGAGUAGUGAAUGAUCGAAAAACAAAAUGGGUAAUGUAAAAUAAUAUAGAAGGUAUAAAUGUAUCAUGGAUUCCAUUUGAAUAAACACACUCUGACCCAUUGUUACAGAUAAGAGCACACACUUCAGAUUUACCAUGUGUCAGAAUAACUUUUGUUCUUUGAAGGCGUAUUCAGUGUGUAAUCGAUUGUGUCAGACUUUUAUUUCUGAGCUCAGCAUGGAUCCAGGGCUGUUCCUGGUAACCUAGGGCUCUGUUCCAUUUUCCUGAUUUUUUUUUUGUAUAGUUCCUAAGUGUGUUUCUGGAUUAAAAAAAAAAAAUCUUACACAUAUUGAACUUCUUAAACAUAUUGGUAAAACAUUUUAUAAUGAGUUGAUAUCAAACCCUUGUCUUCCUAUAUAAUAUGACUAAUUUGGCCAAGAGCCGACAGUUUGGAGACGCAUCUGUGGAGUUUGGCCUUCGUGCGAAAUUGGUGUUUAUCCCCAGGGUUCAAAAAUGUAACUUUCAUUUUACAUCCCCUCUGUGUAGUGUUUCUCAUGUACUGAUGUACUAUAGGUUCUGAAAGCAAUAUGCUUCAGAUAAAGUGCAAGUUGAAAAUGCCAGUGGGCAAAAAGCAUGAUUAGCAACCGAAGACAGCUGGACUGUUAGCUAUUGACUUAUUAUGUUUUUAUUAACAUGUUUUUUGGACCAACAUAAGAGGUGACACCAGAUUGAAUUUGGUACACCUUUAACUAAAACGUAUUUUUUUUUCUUCUCAUUUCCAGUCUAUGUAAUGAGGUGAGAAUAUGCACUAAAUUUGUUUUUAUUUAUUUGACAUUUCAUAGUUGUGGUUCAUUUGUCGAGUGGUCUAUUGAGACAUGAAUCUGUAUAAUGUGUCUUUUGUGUGGUUUCACCGUAUAAAAACACAGGCUUUUAAUAUAACAAAGAUGUUCCUGUUUAUAAAACCAUGGAGUGGUUAAUGAACAUCAAAGUCACGUGCUUGUUUAUGAAUCUGAUGUAUAAUGAAGACGUAAGACAAUGCUAUGCGCAAAAGGGCCUGACUAUAGCAGAAAGAUGUAUUCAUUAGGAUAAGUUUUAAGUUAUAUCAAAUACUUAAUACACGUUUUAUUAUCUGUUAUUUAUACAAAUAUUUUUACUGGCUGUUAUCUACUUUGCAUUACAAAAUAAAUAAUUUUGUACUAA